GUCAAAUGUGGUUCAUGUAGUUCAAACACGAAAAACUAAAAAUGUUGAAAAUGUUGAUUUAUGUAUUCACAUUGUUUGUACUGGCAUCAACGACCACACCAAACUCUAAAGGGGGUGUAGAGGUUCGAUUACUGGAUAAUCAAAAUGCACCAUUAAUGGCCACUUUGGAUAUGUCGAAAGCAGACGAACGUGUUAAGCAGUUUGUUAGUGAUGCAAUCGAAGCAAAAAUGAAAAAUAUAGAGGAAACUAUGAGAUCCAAGCAGUUUGUUAUUGAAACACUUGAUGCGAAAAUGAAAGCUAUAGAAGGGAUCAUAAAAUCUCAAAUAAGCACUUUUGAAAGGAAUUUGACCGAUCAGCUGACUGAUUACAUUAACAAAAUGGUUGUCAAGGUAGACCAAGAAAACGGGAUGAGCUCAACCUACAUACGAUGGGGAAGAAGUGAUUGUUCUGGAGUUAACACAGAAGUUGUCUAUUCAGGUUAUGCUGCCGGUGAAAAACAUUACUGGAGUUCCGGUAAUUAUAGAGGCGGUGCUUCAAAUAUGCUCUGUCUCCCAAAUAAUCCAGAACUAAGUGAUAAAAGUGGAUCAGGUAAUAGCUUUAUCUUUGGUACAGAAUUCCAAGGUAAUGACUUUGCCUCUGAUUCUAAUAGCAAAGACGUACCCUGUGCCUUAUGUAAGAGUAGUAAUACAGCAUCAUCAGUAAUGAUUCCUGGUAGGAAAACAUGCUAUGCUGGAUGGAAAGAAGAGUACAAUGGGAUACUUGCUUCAAGUGCAUACAGUCACGCCCCAUCUCCUUACAUCUGUGUAGAUGCCAAUCCAACGUAUGUAAAAGGAGACAAAGGAGACAAUGAUGAUCACUUAUUGUACGCCACAGCAAUGAGAUGCGGAUCAUUGCAUUGUCCUCCAUAUAAGGACAACGUCCAGGUCUACUGCGUAGUCUGUUCAAAAUAAAGAUAUUAAUUUCUUGUAAAUUCGAUUUUUUGUCUUCUCUGUAUAUCAAUAAGGAAUUUUGCAGUUAAAAUCGUCUAUAUGUAUAAUUUUUUAAACAUUAUAAUUAAAUCUGUAUUUCAAA